CUUCCUCGCCGCCCAAUCUCUCACCUCCACAGAAUCAUUCCUCUCCAAGACCGCCUUGCAAAAAGGGUUGUUACAGAACCCACCGCGCCCUUAUGCGUGCUGCUCCCAGCGUGUUCACCUCCCAGGACUACCUUUCAGAUCACAUUUGGAAGGCUUCAGUAAACUAAAGAUCGCCCUUUGAAUCACACGGGACGAUAUAUCAAGAUGCUUCAGAACGUACUCUUCAGGGCCAAUGGCUUGUCCAAGGCCAGCAGGGUUGGCAGCCAGAUCCGCUUCAUGGCCUCGGUCACGCAGAAUGCUACGAGGCAGCCACCUGCCGCGAGGCCACGGGCUACACCCGUCUCGCACGAGCGUGCUACAUUCACGAUCAAGGAUGGCCCGAUUCACCAUGGCAAGUCCUUCGGAGCCAAGGCCAACGUCUCCGGCGAGGCCGUCUUCACCACUUCGCUGGUCGGCUACCCUGAGUCCAUGACGGAUCCUUCAUACCGUGGCCAAAUUUUGGUCUUCACCCAGCCAUUGAUUGGCAACUACGGAGUGCCCUCGUCAGCGAGGGACGAGCACGGCCUGCUUAGGUACUUUGAGUCGCCCAACAUUCAGGCUGCAGGCAUUGUGGUGGCAGAUGUCGCUGAGAAACACAGCCACUGGACUGCUGUGGAGAGCUUGGGUGAAUGGUGUGCGAGGGAGGGUGUUCCUGCCAUUAGCGGAGUGGACACGAGGGCUAUCGUCACCUAUCUGCGAGAGCAAGGUUCUUCGCUUGCUCGCUUGACUAUCGGUGAGGAGUACGAUGCUGACGAAGACGAGGCCUACGUCGACCCCGAGGCCAUUAACCUGGUUAAGCGGGUUUCGACGAAGGCUCCCUUUCACGUGAGCUCCUCGCUUGGUGACUUGCACGUUGCCCUCAUCGACUGCGGUGUUAAGGAGAACAUCCUCCGCAGCCUGGUCAGUCGUGGUGCGUCAGUGACUUGCUUCCCCUACAACUACCCGAUCCACAAGGUCGCGCACCACUUUGACGGCGUCUUCAUCUCCAACGGCCCCGGUGACCCGACUCACUGCCAAGAGACAGUCUAUCACCUUCGCAAGCUGAUGGACUCUUCGCAAGUCCCCAUCAUGGGUAUUUGCAUGGGUCACCAACUGCUAGCCCUCGCCGCGGGGGCGAAGACCAUCAAGCUCAAGUAUGGCAACCGUGCCCAUAACAUCCCAGCGCUUGACCUCACCACUGGCAAGUGCCACAUCACCUCCCAGAAUCACGGCUACGCGGUUGACGCCGCAACUCUGCCACCUGACUGGAAGGAGUACUUUGUCAACCUGAACGACUCCAGCAACGAGGGUAUGAUCCACAAGUCCCGCCCUAUCUUCUCUGCACAGUUCCAUCCGGAAGCCAAGGGCGGCCCGCUCGAUUCCGCAUACCUGUUCGACGCGUACAUUGACAGCGUGAGCAAGUACAAGCGUGCACAAUCGAUAUUUGCGCCAAACAGGGACAACAAACCCUCGCCGCUGUUGGUCGAUCUGCUGAGUAAGGAAAGGGUUGGUGUGCACCCCGGCCUGCCAGACUAUCAAGGCCACGCACCUGGGAUGCUAGAUCCUGCACAGCAGAACGCACCUGCGGCUGCUGCGGCUGCUGCUUGAUGGAAACAUGAUUUGGCAAACACGGAAGACUGCAAUGAAGCCUUAGCUGCGUGUGAAGAUUUGCCGCUUUUUGAUUAUUUAGCAGUGUUCAUCUUUCGGAGUCGGUAGGAAAAGGACAAAGGUUUAAGCGCAGACCAUCAAUUUGAACUAUUAACAACGCAGUCACUGUGCUUCUGAAUCCUUUCGUAUACAUGAAUUGGAAUUGGCGUGACAAAUGAUCUUUCCCUGAAGCGGUGUGAUUCUACGCUGAAUUGAUAGCUCC